AUGGCCGAGCGCACUGCUGGCGAUGAGCAGCGGCAAGGCGUCACCCUGCUGCGGGGUCGCUGGGUGCUGUGCUUCGUCCCGGAGGUGGAGAUGAUGAAUGUCCGCGGGUACAACCACGUCGGUGUCGACAGGUACCCCGGGCUUCCGUUUAUGCCAUGGCCUCCGGAGUUUCCGCCUUUUUUGGAGCCGCCUGGGUCAGUGGUGCGACCGGGCGACUUGUUG